CGUUUCUGUAUCGUUGCGCGUUGACUUUUGUGACGAGGAUGAGCCCACCUGAAGUAGACGCGAAGCGCUAACAUGAAGGACGGGGGAAUCUUGGCUAGAGCCAAGUACGCUAAUUGGCUGAUUGGCUUAGUCAGCGUUAUUGGCCCCGUGUCCGGCGGAGGAACGGAGCAAUUUUGACGCUCCGUCUCCGCUCCUUGGACUACAAUCCCGGCCAAUUUGCAGCAUCAAUCAUGUAGACGGCCUCCGUGGACACCGACGGCUGAACAUACUUGGUCUUGUUGUUCUUUCUCAAGCAUGCGGCCCGAAUCUUCUCUUUCUUAUCCGUUCCAACUCUCCGGCCCCCGAUCGGAACCUUGACAUGCCACGAUGAGUCCCGACGCGGUGCAACUCAAGAACAAGGGUCCAAAGGCAUGCACGACCUGUGCCAGGGCUAAGGCGAGAUGUAUUACAGGCCCUGAGGGGAGCCUCAAAUGCGACAGGUGCCAUCGCCUGGACAAGCCCUGUAUGUCGCAGACUCCGGCUCCGCCCCGGGUCCGGAAGAGUCCCAAGCUGUCUAAGAUCGCUGCUCUCGAGAAGCGCCUCGAGGAGCUGUCGUCUCAUGUCCAAGAAGGCCCGGCUCAAUCUACCAGUCCAUCUCCAAAGCGAGAGGAAUUGUCGGGGCUCUGCAAAACUCCUGAGAAAUGGGAUUUCUCUCAUCUAUUUCCGCUUAAGAAUGUCGCGGUAACCGUGAAAGACGGCGCCCACUUGCCGCCGCCUGCAUCAGAAAAGCCCAGGCCAUGGGAGUCGUGGUGGCCGACGCCUCAGGAGGGAGACAUGCUGUUGGAGCAAUACAGGACAGCCCAUGCAGGUCUAUUUCCUUUUGUUAUUGUUCCAAAGGGCAUAGCAUCUCUGGAACUUCGCCAGCAUCGUCCGUUUGUGUGGAAGGCUGCCAUGAUGGUGGGUUGUUUCCUAGAUGGGGCAAGGCAGCUAAAGCUGGGCACGGAGUUGCUCUCCGAGGUUGGGCAGGCGGCGGUGGUGGAUGGAUCUAAAAACUUGGAUCUUCUCCAGGGGCUGCAGAUGCUCGUCUCAUGGUAUCACUAUGCACUCAAAGGUCCGCAGGUGACGAAUCUGCUUUUUCUUGCUAGGGCCAUGUGUAUGAACUUGGGAUUCAAAGAGGAUGCGACUCUCGAAGGAGCUGAGCACACGCGAAACAUGGAACACAUGAGGGCAUAUGCAGGAACAUACUACCUCAACACCCUGGUCUUUACAGCCAAUAAGCGGCCAGAUGCACUCAUGAACACGGGUCUUCUUGAGACCUGCUGCAGGGUGCUACAAGCGACGAUGCAGUACCCGUCAGAUGAGUACCUGGUUAAACUAGUCCGGAUCCAGCAGCUCGCCCAGUCCAUUUCGUUGACGAUGGCCAUCGACAACAUCAGUCAACAUGCCAUGAAACUCCCCCUAACUAUGAUGGUGCAGUCCUUCCAGGAACAAUUGAAUCAAUUCAGCGCUUCUCUGUCUCCCAGAUUUGCGGAUAAUGAUACUCUCAGGAGUCAUGUCAAUGUGGCCGAGGUCCUCCUCUACGAGAUCGCCCUCUCGGAUCAGCACUCCAGCGUCUCGUACGUGCCACUAACCGACCGGCUCCAACUCCUCUGGGGCUGUGUCCAUUCCCUCAGGUCAUUUUUCACCAUCCGCUUCGCGAGCCGUGAGAUCGAUCGGCCUCGCUUCCUGUGUCUCAGUGCGUCUGACUUUGUCUUCGCUAUCAUCACGGGUAUCAGGCUCCUGACGCUGCAGCUACCCGGCUGGAAUUUGACACACAUCCAAAAUGAGCUCAACAUGUUGGACGUAAUGGACAGUCAAAUCCAGGACCUUGUCAUCAUCAUCAACCGCCGCAAGCAGGGCAUCUACCUUAGUGCUGCGAUGGCCGAUCGGCCCGAAGACCCCUUUGAGCGCUUGCUAAGCCAACUCAAGGCGCUGCGCGACCUGGUGAAACUGGAGCUGGACCGCCAGAAUGCCGGGUGUGCGGAAGUCCCAGCGGUGGACUUUACACAGGAUCUGCUGGUCGAGGGCCUAGAAGGCGAUUUCUGGCGGAGCAUAGGGGGUGCUGUGGAUGUUUGGAACGUGGUGGGGGAUCCGACAGUGUUGGAUGCGGGCAGGUCUUAAGGGACGGCUGAAUGGUAUUUCUGUGAGAUGAUGUGUGAAGGCAAACGGCUGAUAUUUGGGAUAUCAUUUAACUAUCAUGGCGUUUGGGGAUGGGAUGGGACGGCAACCAAAGAGAUUCAGAGUGACUCCAUUUACCCAGGAGGUUGUCAAGGAACACUUUCCAGGCCCUGGUUAUGUACUGUAUAUCCAACUACAUUUGAUCAUACG